CUGCCCCAAACCGUGCUGAUUAAACAGGCGUAGAAAAGUUGAAAGCAAGAUUUAAGGUUAUUACAAGAGAAAUGAGCGACGUUAUUAGUUCCAGUGAUGAGAUGGAGGUUCAAUCUAAUGGUGUUGCUGAACACAAAAGUUUCCAAGAGCGGUUGUCAGACAUGCCAGCCUACACCAUGACAUUGUCGCAGUUGCAAUCAAUUUAUACCACAUUGAAAGAAAGAAAUGAAAUUCUCAAAAAUGCAUUUACUGCCGGUGAACAGUAUGUAGAUUUGAUAACUAAUGCUGCAAAGCCAGUCGUCUGGGCUGCUACUGCAUCUGCUUUAAAAGUAGCACAACCAGUUGUUGGUGAGAUUAAGGAUCCAGUUUCAACCAUAGACAGCUGUGCCUCUGAAGCUUUAGCAAAGAUGCAGGAAAAGCUUCCUUUUGUUAAACAAACACCAGGCGAGAUUGCAGAAGCAGCAACUGCAUCUGCAAAAGAAACAGCAAAUUAUUACAUGGGGAAAGUACAAGAUUCUAGUUUUGGAAAACAAACUGUAAAACAAGUGGAUAAUGCAGUAUCUUUCUCAGAAUUGAUGGUUGAAAUAUGCUUUCCCACAGAUGGAACUAAUCCUGAAGAUGUCACAGAAAUCGAGAAGGCUGAAGAGGAUGAAGACAAGGGUGUGCUAGUCAGGGCAGGAAAUCUUAAGGACAGGGCCUACCGAAGAAGCAAGAGAAAGUUGAUGACAUAUCAUCCAGUUAAAACUUCUGUGGAUAUGGUUCAAUAUGCACAGGCACAAAUUUCGGAUGUCACUGAAAAGCUACGACAAGGAACAAAUUACGUUUCUGCAAAAUCCGCAGAAGCGAAAGAUACUCUUGUUAACACGUAUCCUGAGGUUAAAGAUAUUGUACACAGCACUGUAACUGAAGGCAGCAGAUUUGUGAAGGAAAAAUGGGACCAUGUUUAUAAAACUACAAUGUACGUCCCAAGAAAAGCUAUUCAGGUUACUGGAGAAGUUUACAUAUCGGCUCAAGAAAUCGUGUUUGCCUACACCAAGGCUCAUUCCUUGACUGAAAUGCCGCAUGCUGUUGCUGAAAUGGCAGAAUCUUACUACAACACUCUGAAGAAGGAGACACCUACUGUUGACGAUGUCAAGGAGAAGGCUGUUGCCUUUGUUUACGUCCCUGCCCAAGUCGUUUCUAAAUACCUGCAGUCGACACGUGUUGUUCAAUGGAUCGUUCCCAAGUCUGUCGACACGGAGACUUUACAAGUCGUAGAAACAAUGACGUAAGAAGAAUCCGAAACAAAAGACUCCACAGCUUCAAUGUAAUGAUUUUGGAGAGCUUAGCGUUUCCAAUCUUAAUAUAGUUUUUUAGAAUUGUAAGAUUUUCUUGUUAUGAUAAGAAUGUUCUUGUUUUUUUCGCCUUCUUAAAAGCUCAACUUUGUAGUGUCCUGAUGAAAUUAGUUCAAAAUUAAACUGCGUGUAAUAAGUCAUUGUAGCUAUUGAGUAUUACAUUCAACAGUGUUGAAUCUUGUGUUAUUAAUAUAUAUUUUUAAUUGA